UUUUACAACACAUUUAAAGAUCAAGAAAUCAAACAAAAUGGCUUCCUUUUAUGAUUCAUGGAGCUUUUUCUGCUUCUUUAGCAUUGUCACACUCAUCUUCUCAAGGUUCAUAAACCCUACUGCAGCUGUCUAUCAUGGCUACGCCCCGAGCCCAUGGACCCUAGCCCACGCCACAUUUUAUGGCGAUGAGUCUGCGUCUGCAACCAUGGGGGGUGCUUGUGGAUACGGAAACUUGAUUACUAAUGGAUAUGGAACCGACACAGCUGCACUGAGCUCAACACUCUUUAGUGACGGAUAUGCAUGUGGUCAGUGCUACCAAAUAAAGUGUGUCCAAUCUCCAUGGUGCUAUAGUGGUUACACAACCGUUACCGCCACCAACCUCUGCCCACCCAACUGGUCUCAGGAUUCGAACAAUGGUGGGUGGUGCAACCCUCCCCGAACCCAUUUCGACAUGGCUAAGCCCGCGUUCAUGAAAAUUGCCCAAUGGAAAGCUGGCAUCGUCCCAGUCAUGUACCGCAGGGUUCCAUGCAAUGCUAUCAGGAAAGGUGGAAUCAGAUUUUCUUUUCAGGGAAAUGGGUACUGGUUAUUGGUGUAUGUGAUGAAUGUUGCUGGUGCUGGUGACAUCCAUCAGAUGUGGGUCAAAGGGACCAAGACCGGCUGGAUCAGCAUGAGCCAUAACUGGGGCGCGUCUUACCAAGCGUUUGCAACUCUUCAGGGUCAAGCCCUAUCCUUCAGGCUAACUUCACACACCACAAAACAGACCAUUACGGCUUACAAUGUGGCCCCGGCUAACUGGAACCUGGGGUUGACGUACCAAGCCCAUGUCAAUUUCCAUUGAUCCAUCAAAUCUAAAGAUUUUCGAUUCGUAUAGCUGGUGAUAUAUCUAUCAUCACUUCAGUUUAUACCCGAUAUUUUAGAAGGGUUUAAGUCAUUUUGUUACGGUAACCGUGUUGUCUUGCUAUCAUGUUCAUUUUCAUUGUAAUUCUACCUCCAUUGGAGUAGUUGUCAUGUUGUACUCGUCAUCCGUCCCAUUGGAAUUUAAAAUUUUAAUGGGUAAGUGAUGAAUAAUAGAUCGAACUUUUCUUAUUUAAAUGAGGAAUAAUACUGCAUCCACCUCCUA